AUGUUUGAAGCUCUAUGGAAUUUUCCUCACUGCCUUGGUGCCAUAGAUGGCAGACACUGCGUACUUCAGGCACCCAUACACAGUGCCAGCGACUAUUUCAAUUAUAAAGGAAAUUUUAGUAUAGUUUUGUUGGGAGUUGCUGAUCCAAAUUAUUGCUUUUUGUUUGCUGAUGUUGGCUGCCAAGGUCGGAUUUCAGAUGGAGGUGUGCUAAAAAACUCUAUAUUCUGGAAAAAACUGCAAAACAAUGAGCUCCAUUUACCACCUGAUGACAUUCUACCUAAUAGACAUGUGAAAGUUCCUUAUGUAUUUGUAGGAGAUGAUGCAUUUAGCCUUAGUGAGCAUUUAAUGAAGGGGUAUCCAGUAGAACAAAAAAAAGGUUCUAAGAAACGUAUCUUUAACUAUAGACUGUGUAGAGCCAGGCAUAUUGUUGAAAAUGUUUUCGGCAUCAUGUCAGCUGUUUUUAGAGUUUUGAGAAAAGUGAUGCUAGUAUCACCUGAAAAAGCAACUUUGGUAGUUUUAGCAUGUGUCUAUUUACAUAACUUCCUAAGGAAAAGUAAACAUUCUCGCAACACUUAUACUCCAUCAGGAACAUUUGAUGAUGAGAAAGAAGGAAAAAUCAUUCCUGGACAAUGGAGACAGGGAAGCGAAAAUAAAAAUGCAGAGUCCUUUCUUCCAAUACCUAAGAUAGGUCGAAAAAGUUCGGCAAAUUGUGAAGCAAUUAGAAAUGAAUUUGCUACAUAUUUUAUGGGCGAAGGUAGCGUGAGUUGGCAACUUUCACAUGCGUAG